GUUUGCCAAGCUGGUGAACAGCGCCAAGCUGGCGCAGCAGCAGGGAUUUGGCUACAUCUGGAUCGACACGUGCUGUAUCGACAAGACCAGCAGCGCUGAUCUUUCUGAGGCCAUCAACUCCAUGUUCCAGUGGCACCGGAGCGCGGAGGUCUGGUAUGCUUAUCUCGCAGACGUGGACAAUCUCGACGAUUUAGUCCAGGACCGGUCGCGUUUCGGGGAGAGCAAGUGGUUCACCAGGGGCUGGACACUCCAGGAGCUUGUCGCCCCGACCAAUGUCAUCUUCCUCUCGCGCGGCCGGGUCACCCUCGGCACCAGAGCAGAGCUCGCCGACCACAUUGCAAGAAGAACAGGAAUACCAAGACAGAUUCUCGAGGGAAACGCGACGGUUGGCUCCAUGUCGGUCGCGUCGAAGAUGGCGUGGGCCUCGGGGCGUGUCACAACGAGGCCCGAAGACUUGGCCUACUGCUUGCUAGGCCUCUUUGACGUCCACAUGCCUCUGCUCUACGGGGAGGGCGAGGAGAAGGCCUUCAUGCGGCUGCAGGCCGAGAUCCUGAAAAUCUCAGAAGACGAGACCAUUCUAGCCUGGCGCGCCGAGAAGCACGAGGCCGCUUCAAAGCCGUACUGGGGGUUGCUGGCCACGUCACCGAGGCCCUUCCGGGGCUCCCACGACGUCGUCCGGCCGCAGUUCAAAGCCCGCAUCGGCUUUCGAGUUGACCAGCCGCGGGCUCCGCAUCUCCAUUCGUCUAGCUCCCUUCCCAGGCGAUAGGUCGCAGUCCGUGUUCCUAGCCAUUCUCCAGUGCCGCAACCGUCACGAAGGGCUAGGCUGCAUUCUCGCCGUCCUCCUCCAGCGGGCCUCGGUCCUCGAGGAGCAGUACGCCCGAAUCUGUCCCGACCUCCUGCUAGAGAUCCGGGACAACCGCCUCUCGGUCCCCUGCGGCAGCCUGACCGCCGCUCACAGGAAAUACGUCGCAGCGACCCUGUACAACGACAACCUCAAUCUGAACAACCCGAAGCAAAAUGCGUGGAUCGGCGUCGAAGCGGACUACAUGAACACGGGCGACCAGUUGAUCUUCGUCAGGCCGGUCCCGCGGGCCUCGGAGCCCAUCGCCGGC